AUGUGCGCCCCUUGCCAUUAUUCUAAAGCCUCAAUAGACUGCCGUGGAAUGACGUCAAAGCGUGCAGUCAGCUUACUAUUACUGGCACUCGCAAGUGCGAGCAGCAGCUCAGCUUCCCAUGUUGCUGUUAAGUCAGAGCUAUGGAAGCCGCAGUGCGAGCUCGCCAAAGAGCUAAGGAAGACGGCUGGUAUAACCAUCUCAAAACUAAGCGCAAAGCUAACGGCCAUCGACAACCUAAACAAGAUGAGCAUGCGACUUCUCCUAUUCGGCCAACGAACUUCGCCUCUUGACAACCAGGUCACAGCCCUCGCGUUAGCACUGGCAGCUCAAAAGAAAGCAGCAAAGAUCCAAUCAACCGUGUCGGACAGUGUGAAAACAGGAUUACUUGCAACGCAGUACAGCGGCGAGUUAGCAGGCGGAAUUGUGUCGGCUGUACAUUUUCUAAAGCACGCGAGUGACGGCGCCCAUUACUGCCUCAACAGCAACGGAAAAAAAGGAGACGGCAGACCCGCUGUGGACACCACAGGCUGUGCCACCCUAACAGCAACAGAGGUUUCAACCGAAACAGGGUUCAACAAAGGAGACAUCAACGACGACGGUUUUGUGAAACUAACAGCCCUAACCACCACUGACGGCGCAGGGCAAACAGGGACAUGCGGUGUGUUUGAAACCGCAAGCGGAUCGGGGAGCACAACAGCCGGAAUACAGAUAAGCGCAGGGGCAAAAGUCCACCUGGCAUUCGGAGCAAUUGAAGGCACGACAUCGCAGCAGCCCACUCGACCGGCGCUAAACAAGUUCGAAGGCGCAAACCUGGAAGCUGAACAAACAUUCUUCGGAAAAGCCCACAAAAGCCUUAAAGCUCUAACUUUAGACACAACGGAAAAUGCCCUGGAAGAUCCAAAAGCCAUGCUCAAACAACUAGCCACGGAAGCAGAAGCGAUGGAAGCCCUGUACACGGUACUGAGCGGAGCUUCGCCCAACAAGAAGCCAACAGAGUUUUCAGCACAAAACCAGCAACUAAAAAUCAGAUACUUUGGCGCCGACGGCGAAAAAACUGAGAAACUAUGGGAACAGAUAACCGCUGGAAAAACUAUAGGAGCCGGGGAGGACCCACACAAGUUCAGUAAUCUAAGUGAAGUAAGCACAGCAGAUGACCUUUCCAAGGCACUUUUUUUCUACACGGCCGCCACCCUAACAGCGACCCGCGAGCUCAAAAGUGAAAAUAGUAGGCUGAAAGAAACCACCGCAAAAGCUGAAAAAACACAAGAACAAAUUUGCAAUGCAAUACAAAACGAAAAAGAUUGCGGUAAUAAUGAAAACUGCAAAUACGACAAAGACAAAACUGAAGGACCAAAAUGCAUAUUAAGCGACAAGGGCAAAAAAGCAGCAGAAAAAGCAAACCAAGAACCAGGAGGGAAAGAUGGCAAAACAACCACAAACACCACAGGAAGCAAUUCUUUUGUCAUUAACAAGGCCCCUCUUUUGCUUGCAGUUUUUCUACUAUGA